AUGUAUAGUAGAGAGAGGGGAACGGUUGGAUCGAAGUCGGAGGUGGUAGAUCGAAAACGAAUAAACGAGGUUCGCGAUAAUCGGGCGUCGCAUUCGAUGUCUCAGCCCGUCAAUGGAAAGGGCAAGGUAGCGUCGAACUCCGUCUUGAUUGGGAAGCAGUUGCAUGACAAGGAUUCACGCUCUGCUUCUCUCUCGAAGACCACCAUUUCCGACGCUGUAGAUAUAUCAGACACAGACAGCGAGGAAUCUGAGGUCAGUGGUUCCGAUGGAGAGGACACGUCAUGGAUCUCCUGGUUCUGCAACCUACGUGGGAACGAGUUCUUCUGUGAAGUUGAUGAUGAUUACAUCCAGGACGACUUUAACUUGUGUGGACUCAGCCAUCAAGUUCCCUACUACGAUUAUGCCCUUGAUUUGAUUCUGGAUGUCGAAUCUUCUCACGGUGAGAUGUUUACAGAGGAACAGAACGAAUUGAUCGAGUCGGCAGCAGAGAUGCUAUAUGGAAUGGUUCAUGCUCGUUACAUAUUGACAAGCAAAGGGCUCGCUUCUAUGCUAGACAAAUACAAAAACUAUGACUUUGGAAGAUGCCCAAGAGUUUAUUGCUGUGGCCAGCCUUGUUUACCGGUUGGUCAAUCCGAUAUCCCUCGAGCAAGCACCGUGAAGAUAUAUUGCCCCAAAUGUGAAGAUGUCUAUUACCCACGAUCCAAAUACCAAGGAAAUAUCGAUGGAGCUUACUUUGGGACAACGUUUCCACAUCUGUUCCUGAUGACAUACGGACAUCUGAAGCCACAGAAGGCAGCACAAAGCUACGUCCCAAGAGUGUUUGGGUUCAAGCUACACAAGCCGUGA